AAAGUCACCCAAGUCACAGACGCUCUCUCUCAAAACCUUUAUCGCUCUCUCUCUCUCUCUCUCUCUCUCCCAAACUAAAAGCAAAGGAGUAGUACUGUGUGGGAAAGAAGGUAGGAGAGGGCAGGGAUAGAAGUAGAACGAGCUAGAGAGAGAAAGAAGCGGCGCACAAUAGCCGAAUAAUGACAUCAACGGCUAACGUGAACGGGGAGCACAGAGCGCGCCACCAACAUUACUACCCAACGACGCCGUCGUCCUCCUCCUCUUCCUCCGCCUCCUUCAAGGGCUGCUGCUGCUGCCUCUUCCUCCUCUUCUCCUUCUUAGCUCUCCUAAUCCUGGCCGUCGUUUUAGUCAUCAUCCUGGCCGUCAAACCCAAAAAGCCCUCCUUCGAUCUACAGCAAGUGGGCGUCCAGUACAUGGGCAUCACACCCAAUCCCUCCCCCCCGGCCACCAAUCCGGGUACGACCCCCACCUCCUCCGCGUCCCUAUCGCUCAACAUACGGAUGCUGUUCACGGCGGUGAACCCCAACAGGGUGGGGAUCAAGUACGGCGAGUCCAGGUUCACGGUCAUGUACCGUGGGAUCCCCUUGGGAAAAGCCUCUGUCCCGGGCUUCUACCAGGAGGCCCACAGCGUGAGACAGGUGGAGGCCACUAUCGCCGUCGAUCGUGUGAAUCUGCUCCAAGCCGACGCCGCCGAUUUAGUCAGGGACGCUUCUCUGAACGACCGCGUGGAGCUGAGGGUCCUGGGUGACGUUGCCGCUAAGAUCCGUGUCUUAAACUUCGAUUCUCCUGGCGUUCAGGUAUCAGUUGACUGUGCAAUAGUGAUAAGUCCGAGGAAGCAGUCUCUCACUUACAAGCAGUGCGGAUUCGAUGGAUUGAGUGUCUGACCCACUCCCACUCGCCCCCUAACUCGAGAGCUUACCCAAUUCCACGCCCUUUCCGACUCUCUCGCAAAGUGAGGAAGCCACAACAAAACAAGGCUGGAUCCUGGAAAGUAUGGAGAGUUUGGAGUGUUUCUAAAGCAUCGCUAAAUGGAGUGAAGAGAUUCCAAACAAAAGAUUACACACAAAAAAAAAAAAAAAAAAAAAAAGAAGGGAAAAAAAAAAAUUACCAAAGAUUUUGCAAGAUAAUUUGCUGACCGCGUGUAAAGUGUAAUUUAAUGUGUAGCAUUGAAUGAAAGCAUUACACGCCCCUCCAUUUCGCUUUUUUCUUUUUUCUAUUUUUUUCUUCUUUUUCUAUGAGUACCCUCCACUGGCUAUUUGGCUCCAACUCCUCUCUCAUGUAAUCUCACUAUGGUGCUAACCGUAUUCGAGCGGGUUAUAUUAGAUAUUUAUGCUUA